AUGGCUGUCUGCGUCUGGCUCGCUUGGGGCUCAGGGGUGCUGCACAACCAGGACAGAGAGAAGGCGCGUCCGGCCCCAGAGACCCGAGAGGCAAAGUUUCAGUUUCGUUUCCCGGGAGGUCCCUCCCUGUUCCCCGCAGAGCCGCCGCCUCUCUUGCUCUGCAGUGGGCCAGGCCAUCACCCGACUCAGGCACCAUCUCCUGGAUUACAGAGUACACUUGGAAACACAAACGAGUAUAAACAUCCGGAGACCAGCGUGGGACGUGAAGAAUGGCCUAUUACACAAGUACAUCAGCUGAGCAUUGGCAGACAAACCUCAGCACUAGGGAGACUCAGGGUCCAGGAGCAGCAGCUCCCACCAAAGACCAGCGACGAUUCUCUUGAACACCACCAUAGAUGGCAAAUUCUUAAACACAACAUCUUCGAAAUUUUGAAAAGCAAUGAGAGUCAGUUGUAUGAAGUCCUCCAGAAAAAGUUUGGAUGUAUCUGUACCCUGAGAUAUCCAACUCCAGCAGGAAGCAGCUCUCCUGCUCAGAAGGUCUUCAGAAGGAUGCUGACCCCUGUAGAGCUAUCUGUCUGGAAGGAUGACCUCACCGGACAUGUUGUUGAUGCUGUGGUGAACGCAGCCAAUGAAGACCUUUUGCAUGGAGGUGGCCUGGCUGGAAGCUUGGUGAAAAUUGGUGGCUCUGAAAUCCAAGAAGAGAGCAAAAAUGGAUUGCCACCUAUGGUAAAAAUUCCAGUCGGUGGAUAUGCUGUCAAAAGCGGGAAGCUUCCUUGCCAUUUGAUUAUCCAUGCAGUUGGACCGUGGACAGUUAUGGACAGCCAGACAGCUAUUGAAUUACUGUCACUCGCCAUUGCCAACAUUCUAGACUAUGUCACCAAAUGGAAUACAUGCAUUAAGACAGUAGCAAUUCCAGCCCUGAGCUCUGGAAUUUUCCAGUUCCUCUGCAUUUGUGUAACGAUAAUUCUAGAAACUAUCUGUCUUUAUUUCCAAGACAAGCAAACAGUCAGUAAUUUCGAGAUUCAUCUGGUGAGCAAUGAGGGGCCCCACUGUUGAGUCCUUUAAAUCCGCCUCAGAAAAAUCCUCGGGAAGGAGCCGAGCUCCUGGGAGAGUCUAGAAAACCCUUCUUCCAGUGUAACUCUUCACAUUGGCCAGGGCCUGACUCUCCAGAUUGUCCAAGGCUGCAUUGAACUGCAAACAACAGAUGUAAUUGUUAAUUCUGGACACGUGCAGGAUUUUAAAUCGGGACAAGUGGCACAAUCGAUUCUUAAAAGAGCAGGGUUUGAAAUGGAAAUGGAACUUGACAAGAUUAAACAGUCCUCAGAUUAUCAAGUGGUACAGGUCACAAAAGGAUUUAAAUUAUCCUGUCAGUAUGUGUUCCACGUGGCAUGGCAUUACAGUAUCAGCAAGGACCAGAUAUUGAAAAAUGCAAUGAAGUCCUGUCUAGAAAAAUGCCUUAAACGAGAUAUAAAUUCCAUUUCCUUUCCUGCUCUCGGGACAGGAGCAAUUAAUUUAGAGAAGAGUAUAGCAGCUAAGAUAAUGUUUGAGGAAAUUGUUGCAUUUGCUAAAGAGCACAAGGAGAAAACGUUAACUGUGAAGAUUGUGAUCUUUCCAGUGGAUGUGGAGACAUACAAGGUUUUUUGUGCUGAAAUGACGAAAAGGUCCAGUGAGCUGAAUCUCAACAGUGAUGGAGGCCGUUUAGCCCUGCCGUGGACCAGAGGGAAGCAAAGAAGCAGCAGCCUAGAAGAUGGAUCUCCUGCCAUCAAUCUCAUGGGUGUAGAAGUGGGAGAGAUGUGUGAGGCCAAGGAAUGGAUUGAAAGGUUGCUGACCUCCAAGGACCAUCACAUCAUUGAGAAUAAUCAUAUUCUCUACCUUGGGAUAAAAGAGCACGGCAUGUUGUCUGAGCUCCAGACAAGUUCAAAUGUCUCCAUUUCAGAGACUGUCAGUCCUAGAACGGCAACUUUAGAGAUUAAAGGUUCCCAGGCCGACCUCGUUGAAGCAGUUAUGAAGAUUGAAUGUAUGCUCUGUGAAGUUCAGGAAGAAGUGGCAGGAAAAAAGGAACGAAGCCUUCGGAGCUUGUCAGGAUGGGGGACUGACCAACAAGGAGAACUGGAUGAAAUGGAAGAAUGGUGCACAUUUCAACGAUACCCAGUAUCUUUAACUCAGGAAUUUCAGGACCGAAAGAAACACUUCGACAAGUGUGGCUUGUGUGUUGUGAAGGUGGAGGAGGUAGACAAUAAGGUGUUGCUGGCUGCGUUCCAAGAGAAGAAGAAGAUGAUGGAAGAGAAGAUGCCAAAGGGAUCUGGGAGCCAAAGGUUGUUUCAGCAGGUCCCACACCAGUUCUGCAAUGCAGUAUGCAGAGUCGGCUUCCACAGACUGUACUCGACACACAAUGACCCAGUUUAUGGAGCCGGCAUAUAUUUCACCAAGAGCCUCAAGAAACUAGCAGACAAGGCCAGAAAAACCUCUAGCACAGACAGGCUAAUCUAUGUGUUUGAGGCAGAAGUACUCACAGGGUCCUUCUGUCAGGGUAAUUUCUCAAAUAUCAUCCCUCCGCCAUUGAGUCCUGGGGCUUUAGAUGUUCAUGACAGCGUGGUUGACAAUGUUUCCAACCCUGAAACCAUUGUUAUUUUUAGUGGCGUACAGGCGAUGCCCAAGUACUUGUGGACUUGUACACAGGAUAGGACAUUCUCACAGCAUCCGAUGUGGUCACAGGGCUACUCAUCAGAACCAGGAAUGGCCUCUUCGCUGCAGUCCUGGGGAAGGGUCUCAAAUGGCAGCCCUGUUUAGUCUCCACGUCAUUUUAACAAGCAGAAGGGUUUGCGUGAACUGACAAAAAUGACGACCAUUAGUGACUUGAGUGACAGGUUAUCUGUUCAGACUGACGGGGUCACUAAAGGCACCAGCCACACACUAGCAUCUUGUGCCUUCACCAGGAGCUGGGCAGAUGCCAGCUAAAACUUCCUCACUGUCUUUUCUACUUGACAUCUUUCAUCUCCCUCCCUGUAGGUGACAGCAAGAAUACUUUAUAUAGAACAAGGAUUCUUUUUUCAAGUCUGUUAUUCUAAAAUGUGAUAGCACAAACUAGGACGACAGGAUGAUUUUGAUUUUUCUAUAUAAUUUUAUAAAGUGCUUUGGAUAUUCAAAUAAAUCACCUUUGUCUGAGUAA